CGCCCGUGUUAAACACAAGAGAGGAAGACGUACCAAAAGAUGCUGAUAUACAGAGUUAGUUGUACAGUAAAAUAAAUGUUUUUCUUGUUGAUUUCGCUUUAGGUGGGCUUAACGUUUCUACUAACGAAAACGUUGAAUGUUGCAUGAUUUGGACGUUGGUUAUAUUAUUGUAACCUAAACCUGAGUAGAUGAAUAGCAACAAGAUCAGUGUCUUGGCCAAACACGUGUUUCUGUGCAGAUAUGCAUGGAGAGAAUUAUGUACAAAACAUGUCCUUGGUAGGAGGUACAUGACCUUUGCUAAAUGUAAACCAAUCAGAUUUUCUCAAUGUACCUCAAAAUUAAGCACUGCAUUUGCAGUUGCAGUUCUGCCAGCAAGGACCUUGUCUUUGACAGCUUGCAUGUUCAAGAGCAAAAAUCACAACACAGAUAACAACAGUCUAGAGAAAGAGGAAGAUGAAAAUGAUGAGGCAGAAAUAGAGGCACUAUUCCAGCAGCAGAUCCCCACAGGUAUUGGUGAAGAAGAACACAGGGUCUUCAUUGUUCAUCCUGAUGUGAAAUGGGGCAGCAGAAAGCAAUAUCUGACCACAGCGGCACUUCAGAUGGAAGAAGCUGUGGGUCUGGUGAACACUUUGUACAACUGGAGUGUUGCUGAUAAGAUUAUCCUCUCCACCAAGACACCAGAGAAGAGAAGAAUUUUCGGCAAAGGAAACUAUAGCUUGCUGGUUUUGAAUAAAUAA